AUGGCUGUAUAUCAAGCCUUCUCUGAUCGGUUAUUAAGGUGUGUGGUGUGGGUACUUGCUAAUUGCAAUCCACGAAUUGGUACAGGCAUGGUUGUAGAUCUAAGGUACAUUGAGAACGUCGACUUCUUCGUUGGAGCGCCCUGUUCCUUAGUUGCAAUUCCGACUGGACAUCUCGCUUCUUAUUGGAAUCUCCCGUUUGUUGCAUGGGUGUCACGUGACCCGAAGUUAGCCGACAAGGAGGAGUUUACAACUUCAGCCCGAAUUAUGGGCCCAUUAAACAAAGUCAGCAAACUAUGUGCGCAGAUAUUCAAUCAAUUUGGUUGGAGGUUGGGCGUGAUGGUUUACUCGGAAUCAGUGGAUUUUUGUGUUUACGCUACUACUGCCGUGCAGACGUCAUUCCGAGCAAACAACAUCAGCCUCGGAGACACCAUUAAAUUACGGGACCAGAUGUCAUCAGAAGAAAUGACAGAGGCUUUCUUGAAGAUUCGACAGCGCGGCAGAAUUGUAAUAUUCUGCACUACCAACUUGAAUAACGAAAGAAAAUUUAUGCUGUUUGCGCAUGAGCAGGGAAUGACAGGUGGCGACUACGUAUUUAUCAAUCUCAAUCAAUUAUUCACUGAUAUUCGGACUCCACAAAAUCCAUGGGAGAUGGGAGACGAUCGAGACGUUGAUGCCUAUUACGCCUACGAGUCGGUGCUCACGCUGGAAAUGGCGACGGUCAGCAACGAAGAAAUAGACGAAUUUCUUGAUCUCAUUCCAAUUAAGAUGGCAGAGCCUCCAUUUAAUUAUACACUUGCACCUGGUAUACGAGGUAAUAUUUAUUCACCGUUCUUGCAUGAUGCCGUAUUCAUGUACGCAAUUGCUUUGAAUAAGACACUGGAACAGGGUGGUCAUCCAAGAGAUGGUGAGAAAUGGUUCAGUAACGUCAAAGGACUCACAUUUCAUGGUAUGACUGGCAAUGUAGUCAUGGACGAAAACGGAGACCGGGAGCCCGAUUAUUGGGUUCUUGAUCUUCGACCGUCUGGGCACAUGGAAGUAGUCGCAGAAUCCAUUAAUGGACCGAAUGGAGAGCGGAUAUUUCGAAUGUCUCAUUUACCCAUUUGGGGAAGAAAUGGCAACGGGGCAAUUCUAAAAACGCCAUCCGACCGUCCAGCUUGUGGAUUCCUUGGAGAACACUGUAAUGAAACUGACAACUCAGUCUUAAUAGCCACAGUGACAGUAGCAGUGGUUGUAAUACUAUGUGGCGCUAUAGCAGCCGUGCUAGUUUACAGAGUGCGUUUCCAAAGCAUGACGACAUCUCUUUGGCAAAUUAAAUCAGAAGAAGUGCAGGUAUUUCAAAGGCUGCAAGCUACAUUAGGGAGUCUUCACUCAAAGUCGUCUGCAGCAGAAGCAUUGGAUCAACAAGACAAAACUUUUACCGUAGUCGGAUCGUAUCAAGGAAUUAUGUGCGCUAUUCGCUACCUGAAAAUUGAGAACCACAAUCCAACAAACGAAAACAUUGAAGAGUUAAAAACGAUGAGAAAUUUGAGUCAUGAGAAUAUCAACAAAUUUUACGGAGCAUGUUUUGAGCAGUCGCAUAAUUUCUUGCUAACCGCAUACUGUCCGAAAGGAAGUUUGUCUGAUAUUUUGAAUAAUGAAGAUAUCAAGCUGGACUGGAUGUUCAAGAUAUCAUUUAUCGCUGAUCUCAUUGAGGGCAUAGCCUUUCUUCACAAGACAAUACUUGGUUCUCAUGGUUACUUAAAAUCUACCAACUGCGUGGUGGACAAGAAAUGGGUUUUAAAGAUCACUGACUAUGGAUAUUGUAAAUACAGAGCAAAGGCUGGUGAUUACGUCACUGGAAUCGAAGAUCGUUCGGCUAGUAUGGCAUUCAAUGAAAACUCUGAUAAAAUAUGGUCACAACAUCUGUGGACAGCCCCAGAGCUUCUACGUGAUCUUAACCGACCUGUGAAUGGAACUCAUAGAGGAGAUAUAUACAGCUUUGGAAUGAUCUUACAAGAAAUUGUACAACGGCGUGGACCGUUUCCAACUGAAAAGUAUAUGUUUUAUAAAGAUAUUGUGAAUCGUGUCAGAAGUGGAGAAACACCUCCAUUUCGCCCUGAUAUAUCUCCCAUGUUGUCUGAACCAGAAAUAACUGAUAUGAUGCAUAUCAGUCUAUCUGAAGUACCCGAGUUACGACCAUGUUGUGACAAUAUUCGACGUCGUUUGUAUCAAUUAAACAAUGGACAAAAGCCAAACGUACUGGAUAACUUGCUUCAGAAAAUGGAAAAAUAUGCUGAUAACCUAGAAGAACUCGUGAAUGCGCGCACACAGGAGCUGGUUGACGAAAAAAAGAAAACAGACAUGCUUCUCUACAGAAUGUUACCUCCAAGCGUUGCAGAGCAGUUGAAGUCAGGCCAGCAAGUACACCCAGAGACGUACGACCAAGUAUCCAUAUUUUUUUCGGAUAUCGUUGGAUUCACUGUCAUUUCAUCACACAGUACACCCAUGCAAGUAGUGGACCUACUAAACGACCUAUAUACGCUAUUUGAUGAGAUUAUACAACGCUUUGACGUGUACAAGGUUGAGACUAUUGGGGAUGCUUAUAUGGUUGUCUCUGGAUUACCAAAUCGCAACGGGUUCCGUCACGCGUCUGAGGUUGCUAAUAUGUCAUUGGUCAUGCUUCGGGAAAUCAGUAAUUUUAAGAUACCGCACAUGCCAGGGGACACUUUACAGCUGCGUAUCGGAAUACAUACUGGCCCAUGUGCAGCUGGAGUGGUAGGUCUGUCUAUGCCACGCUUUUGUCUCUUUGGCGACACUGUAAACGUAGCAUCUCGAAUGGAAUCCACAGGAGAGGCUCUGAAAAUACACUGCAGUAAAUGGACGUACAAUGUUCUCGGAUAUACUGGUGGAUAUAGAUGGAAGGAACGUGGGGAUGUUGAAGUUCAGGGAAAGGGCAAAAUACUAACAUACUGGCUGUUGGGAAGAGACACCCCAUAUGAAAAAUCAAACGACCAGUCCAGUAGCGACUGCAAAUUAUCGCCACCUUCGCAUCGGGACACACCUCUCGGAUCACAGAACGCAGAUAAUAUUAACCAUUGAUGGAAUAGGUGAUUUUCCGUACAAUUGCGAGAUCUCGCGAGAUGCAUGAAGACGCGCGUCGAAUCUGCCGCAAAAAUCGAACGAUUUGAUUUUGAACUCGAAUUUCCUUAUUUCGUAGCUCACACCGACCGGCCGAUCUUCGACAGAGGAAUAUUGCUUCCGAAUACCCUUACUUAAUCGAAA